UCAGAUUUGACGCCACUUGGCUCGCUCAGUUUCAGGUACCAGGUACCUUAUGCCUACUGGAGCCGUAAUUUGCAGUUGAGUAUCUGAAUCAGGUGCACUAUAUUAGGGUGUUAAGGGAUGAAUGUAAUUGGUCAGUAAGGGGUGGUGGCGCGUGGAGGAAGUGUUAAAGCCACGGUAGAUCACCAGUGAAAUAGGUUAGGCUCAGUUGGUCCUCGGCGAUACAAGCGGUAACAUUUCGUGAAGGCCUUAUCGAAACCGGCUGGUUUGAACCAAUCUGUGAUCUUGUUAGCUAAAUAUUUAACUGUGAAUAAUGAAGAACCUUGUGAGUGCUAUAACUUUUCUAACUCUGGUGGUUCUAGUCUGCAGCAGUCCUUUGUUGUAUUAUGAGAAGUCUACGGUGGUGGUAAAUAAAGUGGAUUUCUCAGAUUCUGGUAUCGACCAUAGACGACUCAGUAAUUUGUUGGAUGACGACGCGCCGGAAGAGCAUACGACGGCAGUGGCUCUUGGUGAUGCAUUAGAAAAUGAAAUCGCGGAAACUGAUGCACGCAUUAAGGCUAAGGAUAAUGAGCCGCUUCGUGAAAGUGAUGCUGAAGCUCCUGAAAUAAAGAAAAGUUCAACGGGCGAUGUAAUCAAAAUAGACGAACAAGUGAAAACUAAUGAUAAUAGUGUAAGUGCAGAUGACGGUAAAAAUAUUACGACUACGGAAAGCAGUUCGGUAACUGAAGCUACAGAAAACACUACAAUUGAGCUAUUUACAACUCAUGAAAGCAUUGCCAGAUCUGUAGAAUCUACAUGUUUGAUAACAGGAGGAACGACUAUUAGUACUACUACCCCCUUCGAAGAUGCGUUAAACACUAAAGGUAUUAUUGGGCCAAUGAGCUCUACAAUCAUGAACACCACUACAACUACUAGUACACUAUUGAAGACGCCCACGACCGCUGAAGUCCUAACAUCCACUGUGAGUUCCACUGCAACGACUACUGAUGAAGUGACGAUAACCGACGUCCCAACGAUCAAUGCUGGGAAAACAACUAAUGUUAUUGAUAUCACAACUACAGAAGAAACUACAUACGCAGGAAGCUACAGAUCUUCCGACACUGUAUACACCACAACUUUUGCCGUAGAGCGUUCCUCAACACCUAAUACUGAUAUGAAGAUUUCAGAAGUAGUAAUUACAGACACUACCACGAUAACAUCGCUGGAAACAACAACUGUUAAUCGUUAUACUAUUAGCAAUGAAAUUACGACUACUGAAACUAUUACUCGAACAGAUAACGUAGCAAAUACCACUAUUGACACCGAAGUAACAACUACUGGGAAUACUUUCACCGAUGAGAGUCCAGUAACCACGGAAGCUACUAAUAUCCCUCCAUACACCAACAAUCCCAAAGACACUACAGAUAAUGAAGUUAUGAAUACAAAAUCAGCUUUAGUUUCUGUCUCGGAAACGUCCACCGAAAUCAUUGAACAUUUGACGGAACUAGGGUUAACGGGCGUCGAAAGGAUCACGACCGCGUCACCAAAGGCAUUGGGUAUUACAAAUAGCGAAGAGAUGGUUACCACUAACUCAGAUGCAAAAAUAACAACCACAGCUACCAUUGAACAAUUGGCGACUGUCGAGCCAACGAUUACUGAAAUUAUAACAACUAUUGCGACAGGAGCAACCCCUUCCGAUUCAUCUUAUAAGGAAACAACCAUCGGGGAAGAAAUAGCAAACACUAUCAGCUACACUGCAACGACUAUCAACGAAGUGACAGUAACUGAAGCCGCGACAAUCAACGUUGAGACUGCAACGAAUGCCAGGAAUGACAUGACUACAGAAGAAGCAAUAUACGCAGGAAGUUCCUCUUCUUUCGAGAUUAGAUAUAUCAACGAUUUUGACGUAGAGAGUUUCUCAACACCUAGCAUUGUAAUGGAAGCCUCAGUAGUAGUGUCUACUGAUGCCAUCACGGUUUCGUCGUUGGAAACAAUUACAAUUUCUCGAACUAAGACUACAACAGAUAUCGCAACGAGUACCACUAUUGAGACGGACGGAACCAAAACUACUGGAAAAUAUGCAAGCGAUGAGAGUCCAGCAAUCGCCGAAGUUAGUAAAAGAAUAAGGUUUAAUCUCGCAGAUACUGCAGACAGUGAAAUUACAAUGACUACAACACAAGCAUCAACUUCUACUUCGGAAACGUCAACUGAAAUCGCUGAAUAUUUGAGAGUAAUUGAGUCAACUGACAUUGAAAGGAUCGCUACCGCAACGCCAACGUCAAACGGUGUCACGAAUGGCGAAGAGAUGGUUACAAUUAUCACAGAUGCAAACGUACCCACCAAUUCCGUGUUAACCGAAAUACUGCCAACUUACGACCAAACCACCGGUACCGAAGCUAGUACAAUCACCAGUGCCAGUCCCGAAACCAUGGCAGCUAUUGGUGUUAGUAGUACUACAGAGCGUACUUCAGUUGCUAAUUCGGAAACAUCAACCGAUUCGGAAGUAAUUGGUGACAAAACCAUCACGACCACUGAGCCACAAACUGUUACCGCCAGUGAAGAAAGUACAACUGCCGAUCCUAAAACUCACCAGACGAGUGAAAUUUCCUUCAUUUUUGAUGAGAGUCCCGCCAUCAACAAAGUUAGGCCAACCUAUCCAACAGAUCCCAAAGAUACUACAACUAGCGUCGAAAGCUCGACAACAGAAAGUACCACAACUGCUGCUCUGGAAGCAUUAACCGAUUCAGAGAUAUUUGGACGACCUGUGGACGCGAGAAACAGGGUCGCAGGAUCGGAGACUACAGUAAUUGAGUACAGUUCUGCGGUGAUCACAAAGGGUACAACCACGCCAAGUAUUACAUCUACCACAGAUGCCACAAGACUAUCAAAGGCCAUCACCACCACCGUGAAUGCUAGACUCGUAGAUACGGUAGCCAAUGAAGUUAUUACGACUACCGGGAGUACCUCAACUGCAGAUUCGGAGUUAGUAACAGGUUCGGGACUACCACAGCAUGCAACAAAUAUUCAUGUUACUAAGCUUAAUGUAGAGAGUACAACUACGCAGUUGGUUACAACUAUCGCAGAUGCCGAAGUAAUCACCGAUUCAGAGCGUUUCACCACAACCGAUAGGCUUACAACUGAUGAGAGUUCCACCAUAACCGAAACUGGCACUAUCAAUAACCUACUCGAGGAUACUACUACUACUGGAGUUAAUACGACUACUGAGAUUACUUCACCUGCUUAUUCGGAAACACGAAUAAAUUCAGGAUCAAUCGCUGAAUUAAAUACAACGACCGUAGCGCCAGAGAUCACUACAAGUGUGGUUGAUACUAUCACUACUGAGAGGAUAUCUACAGUCAUCGAUGCUGAAGCAACCAUAAUCGACAGUUUCACGUCAACCGAGAUUUUCACAACCCAUGACAACUUCGCCACCAUCGAAGCUAGUACAACCACUUCGGGCAGUACCAGCCUUGAAUAUACGACAGCCCUUGGCGUUAGUACAAUUACAGAAUAUACAUCAACCGCUGCUUCGGAAGCGUCAAUUCAUGCAGAACCAACUGAAUCAACUGGUAACGACAUGUUGACGGUUUUAGUGUCGAACCCUGUUAUGAGCAACUAUGUCACUACGACUAGCGAAGUGAGUAGCAGUACCAGAGACAUCGAUAUUAUCCCAUCCACCGGAAGCUCUACUACAACCGUGAUUCUUGCCAUCAUUGAAGCUAAUACUACUACUUCUGGCAGAAUCGUCUUCGAAAAUACGAUACCCCGUGAUAUUAGUAGUGCUCUUGUGUCGGAAACAUCAAAAGAUUCCGCACAAAUUAGCUCGUCUAGUAACGAAACUACAAUACACGUUAAUUCCUCAAGCACCAACACUCCCACAACUACUGCGUUUGGCGUAAAUCCCGAACAUACCUCCAUCACUUGGGUCACGCCAAGUACAACCAAUUUCGCGACAGCCGCGACAACAAUUGCUACUAGGACCGUUGCACAAACUACCACCCCAGACAGAACUACGCUGGUUAGAACAACUACGACAGCUGGUAUGACUGCCGAACUCUCUAAUGUAACUCCGACCACCCCAGCAUCGGGAAGUGCUAAGUCCAGUAGCCUUGUCUGUUUUCUGGCGAGUGUAGUGUUGGUAAUGUUCAGGAUAGCUCAUUGA